UGUGUGCAAAGAUUAUCUAUUAUAUUGACACGAUAGUUGAGUGACCGUUCUAUCCACAGAUCGAACAAAGAGACGGAUAUUUCACCGAAAGUAUAAAUAGGAAGCAUUCACUUCGCCUUUCUACUCACUACCAGAAAUGGUAGUGGGAGGAAUUCCAGUAGCCGGCAGUGGGAGAAGAUGGAACGAGAUGGAUUUUGGCCGACAUUCUGCAAAUUUUCUUAUCGAUUAAACAUUUGAUCUCAAUACAGUUUUAUGUUCCCAAAACUAAAAUAUGUUAUGAACAGAGUGGACUGAGUUUUGCAGACGAACCUUUGCCAACGUUUUUUUUUGUCGCGUUGUUCAGGAACGCAAAUGCGAAUUGAGUUUUUUCACACGUGCACUUCCCUAACCGCAAUAUGCAAAUGUAAACAACAGGCACAUCUCCACAGUAAAUUCGUUUUCUUUCGCCCAAAGUUGCCAACAUACCACGUGCGUCCGUCACUCAGUGCAUCAGUAACAACUAUCCAUUACGAAACUUCUAUUCGAUCAAAUAAGCCUCACAUAGCAAAUUAGCAAUUACAUAUUUUGUUGACCAAAUUCGACCAUCCAGAUUUUUGGCAGAGUAAACCCUCUCGGGUCGACUCAUCCUCUGCUUUGUGCCUGUGGAACUUUCUUGUCCAUGUGGGAAAUAUGAAGUGCUGCUUGUAGCGAACUGUUACAGAAAAUUCCCGUGAAAUACAGUAGCUACAGCCAUUAUUAUUCUCAAAAUGGCAAGUGAGCAGGAGGUGGCCGCAGUGGGCAAAAUUCUGGUCAAUCCAAAGCAGGACCUGACAACACGAUUCAGAGCACUCUUCACCCUGCGUAAUGUGGGUGGACCAGAGGCCAUAGAAUGGAUCAGUCAGACUUUUGUGGAUGACUCUGCUCUGUUGAAACAUGAGUUGGCAUAUUGCCUGGGCCAAAUGCAGGACGAGAGAGCCAUCCCCACGCUAGAGACUGUUCUGAAAGACAUAACACAGGAGCCUAUGGUCAGGCAUGAAGCAGGGGAAGCAUUAGGAGCUAUUGGGAACCUCGAGGUCCUUGACAUACUGAAAGAGUACUCUGAGGACCCAGUCAUCGAGGUGGCAGAGACGUGCCAGUUGGCUGUCAGGCGGCUGGAGUGGCUGAUAUCUGGUGGGGACCAGAAUGGAGAGGAGGGCACCGACGGAAACCCUUACUGUUCUGUGGACCCUGCUCCCCCAGCCCAGAGGAAGACUGUCCCUGAGCUGAGGACACAGCUCCUGGAUGAGAGCCUGCCGCUGUUUGAGCGCUACAGGGCCAUGUUCGCCCUCCGCAACCUGGGCACCGAAGAGGCUGUCCUGGCUCUAGGAGAUGGUCUUCAGUGUAGCAGUGCCUUGUUCCGCCAUGAGAUUGGCUACGUCCUGGGUCAGAUCCAGCACCCAGCCAGCAUCCCCCAGCUGCAGGCAGCUCUGGAGCUGGACGGGGAGAAUGCCAUGGUGAGACACGAGUGUGCAGAGGCCCUGGGAUCCAUCGGCAAGGAGGAGUGUAUGAAGAUCCUGGAGCGCUAUAGGAAAGAUGCAGAGCGCGUGGUGAAGGAGAGUUGUGAGGUAGCCCUGGACAUGCUGGAGUAUGAGAACGGCACACAGUUCCAGUACGCUGACGGACUACUAUGACUGCAAGGGGAGCAGUGAGGACCAAACGGCAAGCAUGGACAUUGGAAGCUAUAGGAGAACUGCUAUACAGCGCUGUAAGAGCUUUCCGCAGAUGUCAUAACUCAUUAUCACUUAGACCCAUUUUCAUUCAUUGAAACAAUCUUGACUCUUGCCAGUGAUUAUUGGCCUCUGAGACAAGGCAGUGUAAUAAUAAUAUUACAGUGCAUUGUGCCAUGUUUUAGUUUGUUUAUUCAUUGUUUUCUUGGAAGCUACAUUAAUAAAUUGUCAAGAUAAUGUAAUACUUUUCCCCCUAAGCUCAGUGAACCAUUCACAUUUAUCUUUAAUUCAGAAUAAUCUGAUAAGCAUCUGAAAUCAGAACCUGAUUUGUCAAUCAAGAUUGUUAAGACACUUUUCUGCUCUGUCAUUCGCAUUUAUUUUUAAUCUCAAAUUAAAAUAAAGGCUUAGGUAAUAACAUUGAGACAAUACCACAAUGGUGUCGUUUAGCACUAUCAUGGCAGCCUGUGUUCUAGCCCAGUGGGAGGUGUUGCAUCAUGACGGCUAAUCCACACAGCCACUCAUACUCCGCCAUCAGAGACAAUAAUAAUAGGGUCAUAUGAAUUUGGAAAUACUCUACAAGUUAUUUCCCUUCAGCUUUCUCAUUCCCACUGAAACACAUUGCUAUCCUAUGUGCUUUCAAAAAGAUUACAAAUGGGAUGAAAAUGUAGCAUUUACACUUAACAGUACAAACAUACUCUUUUCAUAACCCGGAUCAGGGGAAAGCUUUUGUUCGUGUGAUGUACAGUAUGUGUGCAUCUUCAGUUGUGAGCUCUGCAGAGAGUGGAAAGAAAGGCAGCUGUCAGCUCUGUGGAGGGAUAGAGAAUUACCAGCAUGCUGAGAGGGAGGGCCACAGCUAUAGUAAAAUGGGGAUGAAUGACCCAUUCCAGUGCACUAAACGUAGCUAAGCACAGAGCUGUGGAAACAGUGCCCAGACUUCCCUCAACCUACCAACACCUCAGUCACCAUGAUGCACCCCAUCAUGAUCGGCAUCGUUGUUGUCAACACCUCCAUCACCGUCAUCUAUUGGUUCUUUGUCCUCACAGAGGCCUUCCAUAGAAAGAAAGAGUAUAACUGACCUUACAGAGUUCUACUGCUCAGAGUAGAUAGCUUCUGUGUUUCCUGUUUUGUCUGGGGGAAAUGCUCAGUCCUCCACAGCUCCUGCCAUUGGAGCACAGUUUUACACAUAGGUAAUGCAUUUCUUUGAAACUGAUAAACAAAUAUAUUUCUGGAUAUAAUUAACUGUAUUUCUAACAUUAUAUGAGGAGUUUUCUGACUCACAGUUAAGGCUGUGACCUUGUCUUGCCUCUGGCAUUUUGGUGUUGAAGCUUAUCUCCGGAUUGGGUAGAGAUUUAAUCAUACACACAAUGCAGAGUGAAAAAAGCAGAAAUCUCUUUUUUUCACUUGGUGUGUCAUCUUAUGGAUACCAGAUGAUUAGUUACUACUGCUCAGAUAAGGAGAGGAAAAUUAACCAAAUACAGCCUUAGAUCAGGGAAACAAUACAGGGAAGUGUAUGGACUGUAGCGAAACAGCCAAAGGAAUCUUUGUCUGCAGCUGCAGCUGAACCCAACAAGGUAUUUUGCAUCUCUGUUUUCCACGUUCUACAGUGUCAAAAUGUGUAAUUUGUUUACUGGUGCUACAUUUGUUCACUCAACAUAUAAUCAACAGGCUAUGUAUGAUGCAGAAUAAUGUGGAAAGUAACUGUCUGUGCUCAUUACACAUCAUCCAAUAUGUUUUCAAUUAAUUCCAAUUGUAUCCUUCUUCCUUAUAUGAUAAUCAGUAAUUGGCCUAUUUAUGGAGAAUGUCCUACUAAAUUGAUACAUAUCUAUUUUGACACAUUUAAAAGACUUUCCAUCAAACAUGAUUUGGUGGAAACCAGGUUUAUAUGAAAUCUGCCAGAGAAAGGAUGCCAUUGACUACUCAUGGUCAUACUCAUUCACAGCCAUCAUUCUAGUCUGACAGGAAACACCCUUGAGGAUUAAUUAGGUCUAGGUGUCAAAGGUUAUGAGGGACACAGACUUAUUUAGAGUUAGACACAGGAGUGACUCGACUCUUCAGUCCAGUUUCACUUAAAGCUUAGGUGGAGUAGAGCUACUGACCCUGUUGUUGACAAGAGGGACUCCAGUCCUCUCUGCCAGGCUAGCCUCACACAGCAGACAGAGACAGCCUGUUGUCUCAAGUGUUCUGCAAGAAGAUCAAGAUGCACCCAACCCUGAGGAGGUUGUCCUAGUCUGAGUGAGUAAUGCCUUUACUGACUAGAGAGAAGGCUUUAGGUUCAUUUCUAGGUUUUGCUAAUGCUUUUGCUUUCAGUAAUCUGCUUUUGAUGAGGGAGAGUGGCAUGACUCAUGUAGUACUUGUGUAGUAUUCUAGUCAGUGAUGUUACAGCUAAUGCUAAACUAGCCUGAACUGUUGGGUAGUAUUCAGUAUUCUGUUGGGAGGCGGUAUUCAGUCUCGACAGCCUCAGCUCUGUUGGGAGGCGGUAUUCAGUCUCGACUGCCUCAGCUCUGUUCGGAGGCGGUAUUCAGUCUCGACUGCCUCAGCUCUGUUGGGAGGCGGUAUUCAGUCUCGACUGCCUCAGCUCUGUUGGGAGGCGGUAUUCAGUCUCGACUGCCUCAGCUCUGUUGCGAGGCGGUAUUCAGUCUCGACUGCCUCAACUCUGUUGCGAGGCGGUAUUCAGUCUCGACAGCCUCAGCUCUGUUGGGAGGCGGUAUUCAGUCUCGACAGACUCAGCUCUGUUGGGAGGCGGUAUUCCGUCUCGACAGCCUCAGCUCUGUUGGGAGGCGGUAUUCCGUCUCGACUGCCUCAGCUCUGUUGGGAGGCGGUAUUCAGUCUCGACUGCCUCAGCUCUGUUGGGAGGCGGUAUUCAGUCUCGACUGCCUCAGCUCUGUUGGGAGGCGGUAUUCAGUCUCAACAGCCUCAGCUCUGUUGCGAGGCGUUAUUCAGUCUCGACAGCCUCAGCUCUGUUGCGAGGCGGUAUUCAGUCUCGACAGCCUCAGCUCUGUUGCGAGGCGGUAUUCAGUCUCGACUGCCUCAGCUCUGUUGGGAGGCGGUAUUCAGUCUCGACUGCCUCAGCUCUGUUGGGAGGCGGUAUUCAGUCUCGACAGCCUCAGCUCUGUUGCGAGGCGUUAUUCAGUCUCGACAGCCUCAGCUCUGUUGCGAGGCGGUAUUCAGUCUCGACUGCCUCAGCUCUGUUGCGAGGCGGUAUUCAGUCUCGACUGCCUCAGCUCUGUUGCGAGGCGGUAUUCAGUCUCGACAGCCUCAGCUCUGUUGCGAGGCAGUACUCAGUAUUUUACGUGACAUCAGUCUCCUCAGUCUGAGAGAACUCUUUCUGCACUUAGGUUGCAUGAGGAAACUUCAACAGUGUUUUUACAUGUACUUACUUCAGACACCUCCACAUUUCAUCUUACAGUCACUCUCUCGUUCCUGUGUCUUAUUUAAUUCCAUCUCCCCCACCUCAUUAAGGGACAUGAUUUGGAUGGAAGUUGCUCUCCGGAAAGACAGGGCAGUGUCACAGGAUGAUAUUUCCGGGCAAAUGAGGAAUGCACAACUGAAUGGUGGGAAGAGGGGAGCUGAUUAAUAGCACUUUAAGCCUCUUUGUCCAUAACUGAAGUCAGAACAAAUAUUUACCUACCAACUACUCAACAUUACAAAUAGCAACACAUUCUCUGAAAAUCAGACGUCUUUGUCAGUGGACUUCAGGGAAGUUCAUUAUGGGAAUGAAGAUAUCCUUCGUCACAACAGAUGUACUGUAUGUUCCCCUUAUUUGAUCUUUCAUUUUGAGAGUUUCUGCCCUGAAAAAAAGAUACUGCUAUCUCCCUUAUUCUCUUAUUCUCUCGUCUUACCAGCCAUAAGGCUCAGUAUGAAGAAUAUACUGGACAUGGGCCGCACAGACCAAGUCUCCAUUCAGUUCAUUGUAGUGCAGUUCAUCCAGGAUGGCACAUCAAUGCGAGCUGUGGCAAGAAGGUUUGCUGUGUCUGUCAGCGUAGUGUCCAGAGCAUGGAGGCGCUACCAGGAGACAGGCCAGUACAUCAGGAGACGUGGAGGAGGCCGUAGGAGGGCAACAACCCAGCAGCAGGACCGCUACCUCCGCCUUUGUUCAAGGAGGUGCACUGCCAGCGCCCUGCAAAAUGACCUCCAGCAGGCCACAAAUGUGCAUGUGUCUGCUCAAACAGUCAGAAACAGACUCCAUGAGGGUGGUAUGAGGGCCCGACGUCCACAGGUGGGGGUUGUGCUUACAGCCCAACACCGUGCAGGACGUUUGGCAUUUGCCAGAGAACACCAAGAUUGGCAAAUUCGCCACUGGCGCCCUGUGCUCUUCACAGAUGAAAGCAGGUUCACACUGAGCACAUGUGACAGACGUGACAGAGUCUGGAGACGCCGUGGAGAACGUUCUGCUGCCUGCAACAUCCUCCAGCAUGACCGGUUUGGCGAUGGGUCAGUCAUGGUGUGGGGUGGCAUUUCUUUGUGGGGCCGCACAGCCCUCCAUGUGCUCGCCAGAGGUAGCCUGACUGCCAUUAGGUACCGAGAUGAGAUCCUCAGACCAUUUGUGAGACCAUAUGCUGACACAUGCACAUUUGUGGCCUGCUGGAGGUCAUUUUGCAGGGCUCUGGCAGUGCACCUCGUUGCACAAAGGCGGAGGUAGCGGUCCUGCUGCUGGGUUGUUGCCCUCCUACGGCCUCCUCCACGUCUCCUGAUGUACUGGCCUGUCUCCUGGUAGCGCCUCCAUGAUCUGGACACUACGCUGACAGACACAGCAAACCUUUUUGCCACAGCUCGCAUUGAUGUGCCAUCCUGGAUGAACUGCACUACCUGAGCCACUUGUGUGGGUUGUAGACUCCGUCUCAUGAUACCACUAGAGUGAGAGCACCGCCAGCAUUCAAAAGUGACCAAAACAUCAGCCAGGAAGCAUAGGAACUGAGAAGUGGUCUGUGGUCACCACCUGCAGAAUCACUCCUUUUUUGGGGGUGUCUUGCUAAUUGCCUAUAAUUUCCACCUUUUGUCUAUUCCAUUUGCACAACAGCAUGUGAAAUUUAUUGUCAAUCAGUGUUGCUUCCUAAGUGGACAGUUUGAUUUCACAGAAGUGUGACUGACUUGGAGUUACAUUGUGUUGUUUAAGUGUUCCCUUUAUUUUUUUGAGCAGUGUACAUGUAAAGGUGUAGUAGUGACUGAGUUUGUUCUUAUAUUUCCAUAUGAGAAAUGUGUACAUGCCAAACACAAACUGUCAUUAUGUGCACACAGACUGGGUCUGAGGAAGGUGCGUGUGACCGCAAGGGAGUGGAGAAGGAGGAAAAACUGCCGUCGAGGCGAAAAGGUGGAUGACCAUCAGAAUAGUAGACGAGGGGAAGGGGAUCCUUACAAUGGUCAAAUCUCCUAGCAUAUACAAGCAAAGACAACCUUCUUCUGAAGAAAACAGACCCACAGCUUUUUCAGUCAGUUGGGGUCAGAAGAACAUUUUGCAUAAGGUCCCCUGAUAACAAUUCACUGUCCACUCUAUUCUGCUCUCUCCUGUCCUCAGUUCCUGCCAGGUUGGCUCAGCUACAUCCCAUCUCUGUUACUACCAAUCAUCUAAUCCUGUUUUUAUACAAAUGAAAUGAAACUGCAACCCAAUCAAUUUUUUAACAAUGUAAUUUAAGCAUCAGAUGCAUAAACUAAGAUACUGUAUGUACAAACAAUUCUACUGUAUUAUAAUGUCUGUACUGUAUAGGAAAACAAGUUGUAGACAGUUUGAACAAUCCAACAGUGCAGAAACAUUCAUUUGUGCCAGUGCUCUGAGAUUUUCCAUUUCCUUUUGACCCCAGAGAAUUAACAAUUGAAUCUUUAAUAUAAGAUGUCAGCUGACAUAACACCAUGGGAUCGAGCAGAACCUUGAACCAGAACACAUCCCUUUUGCGAGUGUAGAGCUAUAUGUGCUGCUGUAACGCUGUAGACGUAAAUACAUCUGUUUUCCUGAGGUGGCCAAAGAGGAUGACCCUCGUUCCAAUAAAGGAAGGACUAAAUCUG